AUGAUGAACUUUGGAAAACAACUUUUGGGGCAAGAUGAGAAACAAGUUGAAAUGAACAAUACAUGGGUACCCAUCAUCCCAGAGAAGCUCACUCUACUAAGAUCUAAUAUACCAUCAGCCUGGCCAAUGAACCAAAUAAAAAGAGCAAAUUAUCAAGAAAUCCGCGUACCUGGAAGUGAUUACAUGAAUGAGAAGCUGCUGCAUUACCCAGGACCAAAUCAGAGUAUCCCUCUGAUUGAACAAACUAGUCAAACCGAAGAGAAAAAGACGUUUGAUGGCAACUUGACGGAUAGAAACAUUGAUCUUGAUCACAUUCCAGACUCCUACACUCACCCGUGCCAUUAUGAGAGCAAUGGAUCAAACAGUAACACCUUGGAACUACUGCUCAACAACUCAACUAAUAUAGCUUCUGCUAACAGGAAUUUGGAUGCGAGCAAUAACAUGGCACGAAAUAAUCCAAUGCUGCCAAAGUUUUAUCCUCAGGCUAGCGAUGCUGUGAGUGAUCCCUAUGCAGGUGUACAGGAAUGCAAUAUCCAUUCAGCUUCAGAGAUUGUGUUCAAAGAAGCAAAUAGACUUCUGUUUCCAAAUACGAAUUUUGAAUUUGGUUCUAGUAACUCAAACAGAUUGCUCAACGAAGACAUUUACUGUCCAGUCCCAAACCAACUGGAUGCCAUCUUCUCUGAGAUAUCCUAUGGUUAUUCCUACCAUAAUUAUAAUCUGAACUAUCUGCCAAUAGCUGAAGCUGAUGCCACUGCUAGUUUUACCAAUGCUCUCCCAUCAGUUCCAAAAACGAUGGAUCAACUCAAAUUUGUAGAAAACGAAUUUUGUACAAUAUCAAAUUACGCAAUAACUGAAAGCACAAGUCAGGAGAAAGACAAACAAAAGGACUUGGUUGCUUCCACGGUGAAUCAAGUUCAGGAAUAUUGUGAUGGACUUCUACAGCAAAUUGUUAAUUCAUCAUCUGCAACAAUUUCUACAAUAUAUGGGAAUCAAAAGGGUUCUGACAACAUUUGUGGCAAGGUAAUUGAUCCCAGUUUUGACUUGAACAAGACACCGGAGCAGAAAGCACCCCAACGAAGAAAGCAUAGACCAAAGGUAAUUGCAGAGGCCAAGCCCAAAAGAACUCCAAACCCUGUAACUCAAAAGACACAGGUGAAAGAGAGUUUGCGCAAAAAGAGGAAGUAUGUCCGUAAAUCCACCAUGACACCACAGACUAAUGUUAUAGAAGAAAGUGUUCAUUCUACUGCUACAACUAAAAAAUCCUGCAGAAGAGCUCUAAAUUUUGACUUAGAACAUCGUAAAUAUCAAAGCAAGGGCAGAAUAGGUUGUCAUCAGGAUAUCCACCAUACAAAUAUAAAAGCUUCCAAUACCACUUCAGACCGCAAGGCCCAAGAGAUGAUGGGUGGAGCAACUAUAACCUUUGAUGCAAACUCAACUUUGCUGUGGGAUGAAGAUACAACAGAAAACCUACCCAGAAACACAUAUGAUAAUAAACUUCUACUGCAUGAUAAGCAACUUGAUAAUUUCCAGUCAGAAAGAAAAUCAACCACAACCUUGUCAGCAAUCACAGAAGAACCACAGAUAGCAAAAUUUCCAGUCAAUGAAGAAGUCCCAGCUCAGGGAAAUCCUGAUUUGAGCCAGGAUGGAAAUAAUGGAUGUAUGCAACAAUAUAUUCGUGCAAAGGAAAUUGAUAACAUCCUCUAUCAAUCAGAAACAUGUUUUGAAAACUCUCAGAGGACCGGAGUACUGAUUUAUCAAAACACCCUUGCGUUGGUUCCUAAAAUCCUCUCCAAAUCCGUUAAAGCAAAGAGAUCCAAGAGAAAAUAUUGCAAAAGCACUGAGAACAAACAUGACUUGGCCACAAAUUCACUUGAUAUUUCUUUGUGCCAAGAAACUUUACAUGCUGAUGGAAAUUUCAAAGGAGCAACUCCUGCCAAAGAUGCAGAACAGCACAUCAAUGGAACCAGCUUUGGCAAAUGCUUUGCUACCUCAGAGGAACCACACCAGACAUUUUCCACUCUGGUGGAUGAGAUAAUCUGUCAACUGGAUGAUCUCAAACUUGGGGAGAUCAACCAAUCAGAGAUGGAAGGACAAAAGAUACUUGUUCCUUAUGAUGGAGAUCAUUCAGUUGUACCCUACCAAGAAUUUGAGUUAGUUAAAAAACACAAACCAAAGCCUAAAGUGGACCUUGACCCAGAAACAGAGAGAACCUGGAAACUAUUAAUGGGGAAAGGAGGAAAUGAAGGCCUUGAAGGAAUUGAGGAAAAAGAUAAGUGGUGGGAAGGAGAAAGAAAUGUUUUUCGCGGACGAGUUGAUUCCUUCAUAGCACGGAUGCAUCUAAUUCAAGGAGAUAGACGCUUUUCAAAGUGGAAAGGAUCUGUUGUGGACUCAGUGAUAGGUGUUUUCCUCACUCAGAAUGUUUCAGACCACCUUUCGAGCUCUGCCUUUAUGUCUCUGGCAUCAAGGUUUCCUCUUCAGUCAAAAAGCAGCAAGAAAUCAUAUGAUGUUGACACAAACAUAUUGCUUGAAGCAGAACUCUGCACAGUAAAUCCAUCUGAUACAAUAGCAUCAAAUGGAUUUGGAACAUUAAAUCAACCAACCUAUGAUCACGGCUUUGAGACACCUCAUCAUGCAAGAGAGCUUUGGACAGGCAGUGAAGCCUCAACGCCAAAAGGGAGCCCAAUAAAGCCAAAUAAUCAGAGCUCAAAGGAAAAAAUUUUAUCAUCACCAUAUUCUCUUGACUCCUCAAUUACUCAAGAUGCUAUAACUAGAUCCUCCCUAGGAUCCAAUUCAGAAUCUGAAGAACUAGACUGCAGGUGUGAACACAGAAAAACAAAUUUAACUUCAACAAAUUCUUUACAGAUAGGAAAAGCCACUGCGUUCCAGGAAUUUUACAACAGCGUAAAUGGAGUAUCACUGUUUAAGGAGAGAGAUAAAGAAGGACAGCUGCAUUCAGCAGCACAUGUGAAGCGAAGUUGUAGAGUAGGCGCAAACUAUAGUCCCAAUGUCUCCUCAGCAUUUAGUCAUUAUAGCAGCUAUGCUUAUCCACCGAAGGAAAUACCUGUAGUUACUUCAACUGACUAUGGAUUAUAUUACUCAGACACACAUGGGCUGAAGACUUUUCAAAUGAAUGGUGGAGAGUUUUCUAGGACUGAAACUGUUUUUGUACGCAGAGAAGUCCAGGACAACUAUUGUAGGGGAUUUGGCAAUAGGGGAGUCCAAGAUAAUGCAGAUAAACUCAGAGAGAUUCAGUAUGGAAAUGGAACCCAAGGGUCUCCAGAGUUACAAAAAAUUGACCCAUAUGGACCACUAAGCAAGCAUUUAGUACUUCCACAAGACACCUCUCAAUUUGGAUCUCAUGCAAAUUAUUGUCAAGCUUCACUUAAUCAUCAUCUUGCAGGCCAGAAAGCCGUAGAAUCAGAAAGCAGCGCAUAUACAAAGUCAUUAAAUACUUCUCACAUGUUGUGCGGAGGUCAUGAUGAUCUUAUUAAUGAUAGUUGCACUGUUCCUAAGCAAGCAAAAGAAGGUAUUGACAGUGAAAACACUACCUCUGCAGGAAACAGCCAAGGAUGCUCAGAAUAUAGUAUGAGUGAACCAAAUCCUCCGAAGCAAGUUUAUUCUCCCAACCCUAUUGAUAAAAAGAGAAAAACCAAGGUUUCAAAUACAAGGAAAGAAAAACCUGAGGCCGACAAAAGGCAUGCAUGCGACUGGGACAAACUAAGAAAGGAGGUACAGAUAAAUGGGACAGAGAAAGAAAGAAGCACGGAUACAAUGGAUUCAUUGGAUUAUGAAGCAGUAAGAAGUGCCUCUGUCAAAAAGAUAUCAGAAACAAUUAAAGAGCGUGGAAUGAACAACAUGCUAGCAGAACGAAUCAAAGAUUUCCUGAACAGAUUGGUUACAGAACAUGGAAGCAUUGAUCUUGAAUGGUUAAGACAUGUUCCCCAAGAUAAAGCAAAGGACUAUCUGCUGAGCAUUCGAGGGUUGGGGUUAAAAAGUGUGGAAUGUGUACGGCUUCUGACACUUCAUCAUAUUGCUUUCCCAGUUGACACCAAUGUUGGAAGGAUAGCCGUUAGACUCGGAUGGGUCCCACUCCAACCACUUCCUGAAACACUUCAGUUACACCUCCUUGAACUGUAUGAGCUGCACUACCAGAUGAUUACAUUUGGGAAGGUUUUCUGCACAAAGAAAAACCCAAAUUGCAAUGCAUGCCCAAUGCGAGCAGAGUGCAGGCACUUUGCUAGUGCUUUUGCAAGUGCUCGGCUUGCCCUGCCUGGACCAGAAGAGAAGUUUGUCGUAAGCAUGCAUGUCCCCAUUGCAGCUGAGAGAACCUAUCUUGUCAACGAGAAUCCCAUGGUCCUACCUCUCCUUGAGAACACCUUGGGCAGAAAAAUAAAUCCUGACAAUUGGCAGUGUGAACCAAUCAUUGAAGAACCAGCAACACCAGAACAACAGUGGACAGAUCCCAAAGAAAGUGACAUUGAGGACCUUCUUAGGGAGGAUCCUGAUGAAAUUCUUUUUAUUGAGCUCAAUGCCAAAGAAUCAACAAUGAAUGUACACAACCACUUGGAAGAAUACACAGAUCAUCACGAAGGUGACAUGUCCAAGGCACUUGUUGCCUUGGCUCCACAGUCUGCUUCUAUACCUACACCAAAAUUGAAGAAUGUGAGUCGACUAAGAACUGAACACCAAGUAUACGAACUUCCAGAUUCACAUCCUCUCUUGGAAAAGAUGGAUAAACGGGAACCUGAUGACCCAAGCCCAUAUCUUCUCGCAAUAUGGACACCAGGUGAGACUGCAAAUUCUGUUGAGCCACCAGAACGAAGGUGUGGAUCCCAAAAUUUAACCAAUCUGUGCAAUGACAACACAUGCUUUUCAUGCAACAGCAUUAGGGAAGCCAAUUCACAAACAGUUAGAGGAACACUUCUGAUACCUUGUAGGACAGCAACCAGGGGGAGCUUUCCGCUGAAUGGGACUUACUUUCAAGUUAAUGAGCUAUUUGCGGAUCAUGAAUCCAGUGUUCAACCUAUUGAUAUCCCUAGGGCAUGGAUAUGGAAUUUGCCAAGGAGGACAGUAUACUUUGGGACCUCUGCCUCUCUACCCAAGAAAUUCAGCAUUGCUUUUGGAGAGGAUUUGUUUGUGUCAGAGGAUUUGAUCAAAAGGAACAUGCACCUCGUCCUCUUCAAGCCAGAUUGCAUUUUACAGCAACUUAAAGGGGAAUUCCGGGGUCUAAGGCAAUCCUUCCACCAAGAACUACAGUAG